AUGCCCGAUGUCUUUGAAGUGGCUAGCAAUCUGCGGGAGACCAAAGGCCACAGCGUCAUCAAGAAGGUCUCCUUUCUCGAUAGCUUACGCAAGGCUCUCAGGAAUGGAAACGAACAGGCAGGGUAUUGUCUAGUAUCUCUUCUUCGAGUUGCUCGGCAUUUCGACGUCGAAAGCGAUUCGGCACUGGUGAGCUAUGCGAUGGACGUGCAAGAUGAAGUGCGAGAUGCGAUAUUUCGCCCGCCCCUCGCGUCCGCGUCCGUUCUACCAGUCUGGGACCAGAACGGCUGCGUGGACAACCUUUAUGGUGACUGUGUAGCGUCUUCUGCUCCAGAUGGGUCCAAACUUGCCAUGAUCCAGGCCUGCUGCUAUUUUGCCCAGCUUCCUGAGCCCGAGAAGUAUAAGGAUCUCUUUGAGAAAUCUAUACCCUUGAUGAGAAUACAGCUAGAGACCGAAGAGCAGCUUCAUCACGAUGAGAAGCACCGUGACCGGGAAAGGGGCAAGACAAACAUGAUCUGCAGUAUUCUGAAAUUUCUCAGCAUAGAUCAGUCCCCGAUUAUUGGAGAGUUCUCAGGACCUACAUCGGAUUCCGUAUUCUUCAAAUCACUCCUGCUUUGCGCCGUCUCCGCCGAGCCUGCUAUCCGCCAACAGGCUGCCGAGGUCAUGGAAAGACUACAAGCUGAUCUCCCGAUCCUCCUCAAUGAAUUCGAGAGCAGAGAAGAACCUGACAUGCUGAAGAUAAGAAGGGUCGUUUGGAAUCGAAGCUCGGGUAAUUUGCUCAAGCUUGGCGAGCGUCUUGUCGAUGAAAACGACCACUCUGCGCUUUCGGAGAUUCAUAGUUAUCUGAGAGAUCGCUUUGCUCUUCUCAGGGAGCUCCCGGGGCUUUCGCAUAUGCCUGGUGGCAUCUUGAACUUGAUUGCCGCCUGUACAUCAAAGUUGGAAACUGCUCUUUUGGUAUCCUUGUGCCUUCCGGGCAUCGAGGACUGCGAGGUUGCCGCGUCUUGCCUCAGCAUCUUUGUGGAAGAGUGUCGAUGGGUUGCUAGCCAUUCCGAGUCCGACUCCAUGAGCUCCCGCGUAGCUUUCAUGCGCAAUGCCGAUACGUUUCAGGAGAUAUCCUCUCCCACUUUCCGGGUGACUGGGCUCGUGGCCUUCCAGAAAAGGACAAGAAGUCUUCUUCGCCGGAUACAGUAUCCGACGGCGGGCAUCAUCCAUGCAUGGGAGUCGGCAUUUGAUACAUGGAUACACCUGGGCAGAAAAGUGUCAGUAACGUCAGCAGAUGCUACAGAGGCCAUGACACUUUCGCAGUGGCGAGAUCUGGGCGGCUUCCUUGCAUCCAUGGGUGGAAUCUGCACAGCACAGCAGGCUCUCGCCCUGGAAGAGCCCGCAUUGAACGCAUUACGCUGGAUCGAUCGUUAUCCCGCUGGCGAGGACCAGGAGACUCUUCUGGCGCGAUAUCUUCGCCUGGGUAUUCAGCUCAUGGGCUGUGCAAACGUCAAAGUGCGAGAGACCAUGAGAGACAUAUUCACUCAUGAGGUACCCUCCUGCUUAUUUCAGCCUCUACUCAAGUCUCUGGAGUCUGAGACAGAGGCUUUUUUCACUGAUGCCUUUGCUCCGCACGCUGAGCGCGCACAGGAUAGUGAUAUCAUCUUUGCCGAGCAAGCUGUCUCCCUCUUGAAGGACAUGGUAGAGCGGCUUCAUAGUCCUCAAGAGCUCGCAGCCGCGUCAGCUGUACAUCUAGGCUCACUCACUCUGAGCUUCGCCAAGUUCAUUGCCGAGUAUCCCGAAACGGCGACAUCGCUACGCAUCAAAACGCGCAUUUGCCAACUGUCCGAAGCAGUGAUGCAUAGAAGAGAGCAUCUGAAUCUCCGAGAUGACGUCCUGAUACGCAGCCAGCUGCUGGAAUACAUGAUUGCAUGGAUCCGUCCGCCCGGGCCUGUUCUGGAGGCCAGCCGAGGAACGUCCAGACUGGAGGAACUUGAACGGAUGCAAAAAGAACUCACCAGAGCAUGCCUCAAAGCACUGUCAGAGCUAACCUUUAGACUACCGUUGCAGACACAGGACAUACAUUCAGAUGCUGGCAUGAGCGCGAAGAAAUCGGAGCUUUUUCAGCGCUACUUUAAACGCUUCUUGGAUCUCAUUAGUACUGGGGGGGUAGAUGCCGCCUCUGAGCCCACGGACGGCCUCUCUAGUUCCGAGAUGGCAAUUACCAUCUUGUCAAACCUCCUCAGUGCGAAUAUCGACGUCGGAUUGAAGCACUCUCUCUCUCAUGGAUAUCAUGAAACUGUCGAAGUCCGGACUGUAUUCGUCAAAGUGUUGUACAACAUCCUGACGCAGGGAACAGAAUUCAGCAAUCUGUCCGACUCUGCCGUUAGCGAGAGAUAUGAGGAGCUUCUCGGGCUUCUCACGAAAGAUCUAUCGCUGGCCGUGUCCAUGAGCUCCAUCUGCCCUAGCACUGAGAUUGACGAGCUCACCGUGUGUCUCUUGAUAGUCUUUGAACAGAGAGGCCGCACAUUUGAGCUGCUGGAAGCACUGAUCAAGGAAGAAAUAGAACAGACAGAACACGCCACCGAAAUCCUGCGGAGAAGUUGUGUUGCGACCAAGAUGUUGUCGAUAUAUGCAAAAUGGAGAGGGUUUGACUAUCUGAAGGGCACGCUGUCCAAGAUCCUCGAUAGACUCAUGAUGACCUCGCAGGAACUGGACCUGGAGCUCGAUCCAGCCAGGGUCUCCUCCGCGGAAGAGCUGAAGAAGAACGCUGCACAGCUCCAAAUCGUCGCCAAGGUGUUCAUGGACGAUAUUUGCGCCUCGGCUCCGAGGAUCCCACCUUCCUUUCGCAAGAUUUGCAGUAUUAUUCAUGAUGCUGUUGCACCCAGGUUUCCGGACGCCAAAUACACGGCUGUCGGGGCGUUUCUUUUCCUGCGAUUCUUUUGCCCUGCAAUAGUAGCACCAGAAGCAGAGGGACUCGUCGACACGCCGCCAUCCAAGGAACUCCGUCGAGGACUGUUGCUUAUCGCCAAGGUCCUCCAGAACCUUGCCAAUAAUGUUCUUUUUGGCACCAAGGAGCCAUACAUGUUCCCCCUGAAUCGGUUCUUGGUAGUAAACAUCUCUGUCGUGACUGGCUUCCUUCGCACCAUAUCUGUGCCCCCAGCCAAGCUAGACAUCGCCGUCUCUAAAGAGACGACCGACUUUGGCUCCUGUGUAUCCUUUCAUCGUUUUCUCUAUGACCACUGGGACCACCUGCGCCAAACCUUGGUUUCCAGGGAGCGCCGCGAGUAUCUCCGCCUCCAAGACAGCUCACCACGCAGCCACUCGCCUGUUUUCGAGCCUCUACGCAACCUCAUCACAAAUCUCGGCCCGCCUCCUCUUGCGAUAUCCUGGAAUAGGCCGCAAAUUUCCCUAAAUGGACCAACGCUGUAUUCGCGCUUCCAGAACUUCAUGCUUCGUAAUGCCUUCCGCGGCACAGAGUCAUUUUUAACAUCUCGUACUAUCUAUGAUGGCGGCAUGACACAGGAUGGGCUAUCAACCAUCCUCAUCAUCCUCCGCUAUAGCGAGACCGAGGGCAUUGACCACGAGACAUUGCUGCACUGCUUCCUAAAGAUUGCAAGCAGGCUAUGGCACGAGCCCUUCGCUAUUCUCGUCGAUGCGACUUGUUAUAGCGGCAAGAAUGACCCCAGAGACGACUUCUUUAAAAUGCUCGAUCUCCUGAUGCCCUGCGAGGUGUUGCAGAGUCUUACUCGGAUCUACAUCUACAACAUGAACAGCGCCUUCAAACGCUGCUUCCGGCGACUAUUACGGAUCGUGACCAAGAAUGACUUGAGUGCUUUCCACCCGAAGAACGUCAAAUAUGUGCUGCCUGACGGUAUGCAGAACAUGCGACCCCAUUUCAUGAUUGAAUCGUUGCAGGUUCCCAAAGAACACUCGUCCAUCAUCUCCGACGUACGCUUCAUGUACAACAAUGUCACGCGUUUGUCUAAAUCCAAGGGCAAGGUAGACGUCAUCAUCAAAGUGGGCAGCCAUCAUGUGCAGGUGACGACCAGCAAGCACCAGGAAAUAUUCUCUAGCAUGCGGCUUAGCACGACUAUCAACGACAUCUUCCGUCUCAGUGAUAUCGAUGAAGCGGCAACGGCGAUUUCUAGUGAUGAUGGGUUUUCUUUCGGGUUGCGGGCCGAUGGUGGACGCAUCGUCAUGUGCUUCACGAGCACUCAGAAGGCGACCAUUCUCCAAGCCAUCAGGAGCGCCAAGGCUAAUAAUAGCAAGGACAAUCGCAUGCACAAGCCGGUGGAACGGCUGCUGCGGCCUCAAGAUGUCCCUGGCACGCUGUUGAAUCUCGCGUUCAUGAACCUGUCGAGCCUCGACCACCAGCUUCGGUUAGCUUCUUACAACUUGCUUGGCGCGCUGUGUAUCACUUUUAAAUUUCGCACGACCACACGGCUUGUUUGCUCGCGAGAUCUCUCGAUUCCCAUAGACCCGACACGCUUCAUUGUGAAUGUCAGCCGGGAGCUUGCUGCUUCAGAGCCUCAGCUCACCUGUGACUUCUUGUCCGAGUUUAUGGAGAGCUGGGACACUUUUACGGAAGAGCAGAAACCACUGGGUCUCGCCUACAUGGCACCCUGGCUAUCUGGGCUUCGAAAAGACGUGCUAACAGGCGAGGUGGAUGGCGAGAAAGGUAAAGAAAAAGUGGCUGCCAUCUUUCGCAAGUUCAUUGACCUCAUCGCGCUCGACCAGUCGCUAAGCUAUGCGCUGGAGCAAUUUGUCUGGCCCUCGCUGAGCCAGGAUGAAGUUCUGCUUGACAUCUUCCUCGAGGAAGUGAUGAAGAUGGCCAUCGGGUUUGGCACGCAGCAGGAACUCAUCGAAACCAUGGCAUCUACCAUCGCCAACAUCGGAACAGUGACACUGCGUGCGCGGUUCCUGUCAAGGCUACGAAAGGCGCUGAACCGCUCCUCACUGCGGCCGACCAAGAGCCUGCCUGAUAACGCAGUCUGGCCUGAAAUCUGCGUCAUGCUACAAAUGUGCACCUCGCUGUCCUUCGGCAGCGGUGUGCAGUCUCAGCUUUUCCUGCCAGAGAUAUUCCACAUCGUCACAAUGCUGGUGAACACGGGCAGCGCCAACGUGAGGGUGCAGGUGCACAGGCUACUCACCAACACGGUCCAUGCCGUCUGCACGUCAUUUAUCCUGGAUGAGUCCAAGUUCACCAAGCUACGCGCAUCGCUGGAUGUGCUCUCGGAGCGCCGCAGCGGCAUCUUCUCCUCGCCGUCUCCCGGUAGACGGGACGCAGCCUCCGUCUCACUCCCUGGCGACCAAGGGUCUACGCUGCCGGCCAUGGAGAAUCUCGUCGCCAUCCUGUUCGACAUAUGCACCGUGGCGGCGCCGUCCGUCGACACAGCCAACGCCUGGCGGUCGCGCUGGAUGAGUCUGGUAGCGAGCACCGCGUUUCAAAACAACCCGGCGGUGCAGCCGCGCGCCUUUGCCGUCAUGGGCUACCUGGCCAAGGAGGAAGUGGACGAUGACCUGCUUUACCAGGUUCUGGUCGCGCUGCGCAACAGUGUGAGCCAGUUCGGCGAGGAUGGUCACAGCGAGAUGCUCACGUCCAUCAUCACCUGUUUGUCUCGGAUGAUGGCCAACCUUCCGUCCGCGUCACGGUACGGGCUGCAGCUGUUCUGGCUGGCCAUGUCUCUCAUCCGACUCGUGCCAGGCAGCCUCUUCAAUUGCACCGCGCAGUUCCUGGAAGCGUUGUUGAUCAACAUUGGCAACAUCGGCGGCGUCCGCGGUGACAAAAUGGUUCCGAUGCUGCUUCACAGUCGCAGCCAGUUGGACGAGGCCGUGGAGCCGCUGGAUGAGGCUUACGGCAUCCAUUUCGACGAGGACAACUUCCACUUUGCUGUAUGUGCCUGCUUGGUCCGUGGCCUGACGGACAAUGCGACCCGGUUGGCCGCCGUGCGGGUGCUCUGGUCGUUCCUAGAAAUGACGGCGCCGGCGUCGCAGCUGCCAGCAAAGCUUGUGCACACGAUGGUCGACUCGCCGUAUCUGGCUCUCAUGCUUGCCCGGUGCGUCGACCAGGACAACUUCCGCGAUAACAUGUGGCUGGCGGGCAUCAACCCGGACGGGAUCAGCGGCAUGCCGGAGGGCAGUCAGCGCCGCCACGCUGACGUCAUGGAGGACCGAGACUUGCUUCUUAUAUCCGCGAUUGAGCUGGUGGAUUUCCAGUAUCUAGAAGACGCCAUACAGGCGAGGACGCUUCUGUGGCUCAAUGAACUGGCGCUAUCGAGACGAACCGUCUUUGCGUACCUCUGCGGCGCGAUGCCGACCAUCCUCAACGACGUGCUCAGGCACGGACAGGAUUCUGCGGCGUUGGAGGCAGCACACACACUUGUGCGGACACUGACCUCGGAGAGGGAAUACGCAAGUGCAACAGGGUCUAUGGAGUCACUUGAGGAGGCGCUGGAGGAGAUGGGCUUUCGGGGCUUGUGGAAAGCCUCGUUCCAGGGGGUGGCAGAGGAGAACCGGGCCGAUUGCUUCGAACUGACGGAGAAGUUGAUUGAGCUCAUUGUGAUUUGA